AUGGCCAGUCAAACGGAACCCGAAGAUGCAGAGAAGCUACGGGCAGAGGAACAACGGAACUUGAGGAUGGAGUGGGCGAGGAAGGCCAAGGCUGAAGCUCGUCUUUCUAUUCCCUAUCCCGUGCGGCUUCUUCUCGCGACAUCUCUGUCCUUCAUGGCAGGGGGAGCUCUGGGCGUAUCGCAUGGCGCUCAACAAGCUGGGCUACGGUUCCGGGCAGAGAAUGCGCAUAGAUUGCCCAACUCGCAGGCAGGAUGGUACUUUUAUCACAAGAGCAAGAACUACAACAUGUCAUUGGGUGGUGUCAAGGAGGGAUUUAAGAUGGGCGCGAGGAUCAGCUUCUGGACUGCCGGUUUCUUUGCCAUUGAAGAGUUCUUUGAUCGCUACAGGAGGACGAAGGAUUUCAUCAAUACUGUUCUUGCUAGUUUGGUCGUGUCUGGAUCAUUCAGCUUAUGGAACCGAUUCCCAAUCGCAACAGCAGCGAGAACGGCGAGAACUGGAUUGGCUAUCGGGCUUGCGUACGGCUUAGCAGAGGAUGCUUUGGGAGCCGCAAAUGGUCGCAGACCGGGUUACGUGGAUUUCCUACUUCGAAAUCGACGGCGCAGUACAACAGCCGAAGUGGAAGCAGAGUGA